UUCAGUUUUAUUUAAAACUUUAUGACGAUUUCUAAAUUAAUAAAUAAAAAUUGGAAUAAAAUUUUAGAAAAAGUUUUAGAAGAGAAUUUGAUAAUAUGUGGAAAUAUUGGAUGCUCGUAUUUUUUAUAUCGAUUCCAUCAAAUAACAUAGAAGGUGCCAAUAUAGGUGAACCAAAUGUUGGACAAUGGAUAUGCAAAGGCAGACUUCAUGGUGAUCAUAUUCCCCAUCCUGAGGACUGUCAUGCAUAUUUCGUUUGUGACCGUGAUUCACCAAAAGUUGUCAUCUGCCAUGGUAAUUUACAUUACGAUGCUAGACAAAAAGUUUGCAAUUGGCCUGAAGCAGCAAAUUGCACUUUAGGGAACUAUCCUCAAUAUUGGGAGUCUUCACCAAGGCCUGUUGUUUCAACAAUAUUUCCAGAAACAGAAGGAAAAAACCACGAAAUAUAUUCGACAACUGACCAUUCUUUUAAAACGAAUAUUUCUACAAAAAAAAUUAGAAGUAUUGCAAUCGAAACAAAAUCUAAAACAACAGCUGCAGCAAGUACGACAAAUUGCAAUACAACGCCGAAUUUCAAAAUAACAACAAUGAAACCAAAAAAUUCUUCAAUCGGGUCAACCGAUGAAGACGGUAGAAAUGUGGACCCCAUGAAAACUUAUGAUCCCAAAAAAGUGCAAUGCUUGUACAAUGGAGUGUACUUUUUACCACACCCAGGUCAAUGCCAAAAAUAUUUUAUUUGUGCUAAUCAUGUAAUGUAUCUGCAUAGUUGCGGAAUUGAUGCAAAUUGGAACUACAAAGCUGAACGUUGCGAUUACAAACAGCUUGCACAAUGCUAUUUUGACGAAAACAGUUCCUUUAAAAGUACAACUAAACGCAGGCGUGUUACACAAAAAACUCCUCCAAUAAAAACUACUAAAAAUUCUGAAACAACCUCGCUUCUUACAACCAUUAUAAAAGAUUUUAUACCUGAAUGUCCGACAGAUCGGCAACGAUUCAUUGCACAUCCAACAAAUUGUACACAAUACUUUAUUUGCAUACAUGGUAAGGCUGCUUUAACAAGUUGUCCAGAUGGAUUAUGGUGGGAUGAGUACGAUCAAUGGUGUGGCUAUCCGGAAUCUAGUUAUUGCAGAGCAGCAAACUAAAUUAAGUGUAAUUCAACUAGCCAUCGUUUAAAUUAUAAUCACCUAUCAU